AUGGUCCUAGCACGUUCGCUCGUCCGUCCGGCGACUGUUCCCCAGCGAGUCCUUGCCAGAAGCAUCUCGUCUUCCAUCACAUUUACAGCCAUUGAUAAGUCGCCCUCUACCAACAAACCUGCUCGGCUCAGAGUGCCACUUCUCAAGAGCCCCUCCCACUUUGGGCACUUCACCUCCAGGGUCAAUCGUCUCUACAACGAGGACAAGUACAGCGCCCACGUGUUGGAGCUUUCGUCUCAGCGUCCAGUGUUCAACUUCACGGUGUUUGACGGCCAUGGCGGCAGUCAGUGCUCCACGUUUUUGGCAGACAAUCUUGCCCAAAAGAUCGAAGACGGGUUGCCGUUCGUGGAGGACGCCAAGGACAAGCACAAGAACGAGCUCAUCACCAAGUACUGGAAGACGAUUGGCGGGUACUGGAAGAGAUGGUACAAGCAUCGCAAGGACAACUUCAAGGUGAUGAAGAAGCUCAACAACAGCGUCAAGCUCGCCAACAUAGCGCUUCCCCCAGACGACUUGCACGUCAGGCUCCCCAUGGUGUACCUCAAAACCGACUAUGAUUUCUUCGAGCAGGAAGACAACAAGUCCGGCUCCACCUGCACCCUGGCAUUGAUAGAAACCGUGUACUCGGAGCCAGACCACUUGCACACCGACUACUACUUCAACCGCAACACCAUCUCCAGGCUCACUCUCACCCAAGUGGGAGACACUAGGGCACUUGUGGUGGACAAAAACGGUGAUGCCCACUGCUUGACGCAGUCCCACCACCCAUCGAACCCCAUGGAGGCCUCUCGGUUGCGCAAGUACGCCGCCAACUUCUUCAUGACCGACUCGUUUGGUGAGGAGCGGUUUAUUUCCUUAGCCAACACCAGGGCCUUUGGAGACGUCGGCUUCAAGCAAAUGGGCGUGACUUCGGAGCCAGACGUGAUCCAGUUUAUUAUCGGUGACCACAAUACCAUCAGCAAGAAAUUGACCCCAGAAGAAAUCAAGAAUUACACCGUGGGUGGUUUGGGCGGUGAUGAGGCCUUUUUGGUGCUCAUCAGUGACGGGGUUACCAACGUGAUCACCGACCAAGAGGUAGCCGACAUCGUUACUUCCCACUACAACAUGAAGGGUGGACCUGCGGCCACGCCACAGGCAUGUGCCGAGGAAGUGAUCAAGUUUGUUGAAUAUGUUGGAGGAGACGACAACGCAACAUGCUUGGUAAUCAGAUUGAACGGGUGGGGGAAGUGGCCAGUAAAUGAUAGAACUGGUGAAUUAAGACAGACUAGAAUGGACGACUAUAAUCCUCGGAAACUGAGGGGCUAG